CCUCUUCCCAGCUUGCAUUGUGCGCUCAUAUUCUUGGCCACGUCCCCGGGCCACGUCGCGCAACGCUCGCCAUUUUCGCAGUCGGAUCACAGAAAGCGCUUUGGGCGACGAGACAGUCCUUUCCAUUAUACACAAAUCGGUAGGACCACGAAAGGCCGGAGGACGACAAACCCACGGAGACGCCCUCGACCGACGCCGAUCUUCGUCCGUGAUUAAAUAGAGCAAAGGAAAGGCGGCCUCCGCAGUGAUCAGCUCCAACAUGAACAUCUUCAGACUCACCGGAGAUCUCUCUCACUUAGCGGCCAUCAUCAUCCUGCUGCUCAAAAUAUGGAAAACGAGGUCCUGCGCCGGUAUCUCUGGGAAAAGCCAGAUUCUCUUUGCCUUGGUCUUCACCACUCGCUAUCUGGAUCUCCUGACCUCUUUCAUUUCCCUCUACAACACAGUGAUGAAGAUCAUCUACAUUGGAUGUGCAUAUGCCACCGUUUAUCUGAUCUACAUGAAGUUCAAAGCCACCUAUGAUGGGAACCAUGACACCUUCAGAGUGGAGUUCCUGGUGGUUCCUGUAGGCGGUCUUGCAUUCUUGGUCAACCAUGACUUCUCUCCUCUGGAGAUUCUGUGGACUUUCUCCAUUUAUUUGGAGUCAGUCGCCAUCCUUCCUCAGCUCUUCAUGAUCAGCAAGACCGGGGAGGCAGAAACUAUCACCACCCACUACCUGUUCUUCCUUGGCCUGUAUCGUGCACUCUACCUCAUCAACUGGAUCUGGCGCUUCUACUUUGAGGGUUUCUUUGACAUGAUAGCUAUUGUGGCUGGUGUUGUUCAGACAAUCCUAUACUGCGACUUCUUCUAUCUGUAUGUAACGAAAGUUCUGAAAGGGAAGAAGCUGAGCCUGCCAGCCUAGAGGCCAAAGACCAGCAACACUUCAGACUCCUGGGGGGCACAGGCCAUCGCUGCCACCACACUAGAGUAAGAUGCCUGAGACAGAGUGUGAGAGGGAACCACUACUGUUUUUUUUUUUUUUUUUUUUUUUUUUUUUUUUAUUAAAAUGUCUCCCAACAAAUGUCAGCAGCUCCAGAAUGAAACAGAGGCCACCCUCUGGUCUCCGUAGCCUUCGGAUCUCUGUUUUAAGCAUCUUGCCUUACCUUUUUUUAUUACUCUGUAUAAAAUUUAAAAGGAAAAGUUUUCUACAUACUCGAUGUACUCUUAUGAUUUGACACUCAAUCCAGUGUAUAGAUUUCAAAUAUCAGAUCUAUUGCCUAACAAAUUGGCAUAAGAUUGCUAAGGGGAUGUUCAAGUAAAUAUUGACAAUGUUUCAAUUGUUUGCAACCAAAAUAAAUGCAUAACUUUUCCUAAUCUUUUGAAUAUUUCAGAACAUCAUUGUACCCCAGAAACCUUUUAAUAUGAGAACCAGAAUUCAGCAUUGGCUGUGGUUUUGUGAUUAGUUGUGUUUCUGCUUUUUCUGUUUUGCAUUCCUAAGUUAAUCAAGCUGGGCCAGUUACCAAAAGUUUUCCCAAGACCCAACAUCCUUUUUCAUGAUGUAUUCGGCUCACAUAGUAAUCUUUCUCUGAAAGUUACAAAAUCAGAACGGUCAAAUUCAAAACAAGUUUUACCUUUCAAAUGGUAUGUCCCCAUGAUACCAUUCAAUUGAAUAACAGUAUUUAAUUGCCUUAUCUUCACGGAGUGAUUUCUGUGCUGUACAUAGCUUUCUUUAUGUCACUUUGGCAGACCCCCUCACUGCAUUAUCCAAAACAUAUGUAUCCCUUUUGUUUCUCUCUAGAGUUUGUGCCCAUGUUAUUAGUAGUGCAUUAUUUGUGGCUAUAUCCCACCAUCCUAGGGUUUAUAAUUUCAGAGAUUUUAUAUGAGAGCUGUGGGACACACCCUAUCUGCUAGCUGAGCAAUAAGACAGUGUUGGGAUAAGGAAGAUGCCUCUGCCAGUAGGGACAAAGUGGCCUAUGUUUUGUGAAAAUGCAAAUGCAGUAACUUUGAAAUGAAAUGUCCAUUUAAAUUGUCUACAUGGUGUGCAUAUUGUUGAGCUCAUAACAAGUCUUAUUUUUAAUAUUGGAGAUAAUGUAUGAUCUGGGCGUUUUUAUAGAAUUAGAAUUCAGUUUAAAUUUCCUUUAGGUUCCACAGCCUUUGCUCCCAUUGUCUUUCAUCCAUAUCAUUCCUUGGUUUUUUUUUGGUUACUGAGCUUUUGCAUGAUGUUACCCUGUGAUACCACCUCCAAUAAAGAUUUUAUGGGA